UGAAAACAAUAAACAACCCUGAAACGGGAGAUAUGCGAAUGGACCUGUCGCAGAGUUUCGACAGUAAUAACGCUUGAAGAUGAUCUGAAAUAACCAGAGACAACACGUAUAAAUCCUGUUAAACAUUGUUGGCUUCUUAUUGAUCCUGACACAAAGGAUUUCCGAGUUUUCGUGUUAGGAAAGGAAGACAGACGGUUUGCCCCUUAGCCCCCUCUAGCUAGAUAGGUAGCCCUGUAGCUCGUUCUUCGUUAGUACACUUUGUUUUGUUUGUUAUGCAGUGUCCAGAGGACUGUUAUCGCUCUCGUUUUCCUCCAUCACCUCUUCGCUCCCUCACCCUGAACUCGCUGACCCUAUGUCUCGCUGGCUGUUCCCCUGGUCAGGCUCAAUCAAGAAGCGGGCCUGUCGGUAUCUCUUACAGCAUUACCUCGGUCACUUCUUGCAAGAACGACUGAGUUUGGAACAGCUGAGUUUGGACUUAUACAAUGGCAGUGGUGUCAUCAAAGAAAUCAACAUCGAUGUUUGGGCGGUGAACGACUUCUUAGAGUCCCUCGGUGCUCCACUUGAGAUUGUAGAGGGGUUUGUUAGCAGCAUUGAGGUGACAAUUCCCUGGUCAGCUCUUGUCACCGACCACUGCACCCUUGUCAUCUCAGGCCUUCAGAUAACAUGCAGACCCAAGUACAGGACCAGUGGGUGUUCAGACUCCCAGGGCUGGUCGUCAUGUAUGACCUCCAGCAUGCAGCUGGCCCAGGAGUGCCUGAAGGACCCUCCUGAGGCGUCGGAGGAUCCGCCCGCUCCGCUGGAGGGCCUGGAGAUGUUUGCACAGACUAUUGAGACGGUCCUGCGCCGGAUAAAAGUCACCUUGCUGGACACCAUCGUCCGAAUGGAGCACCAGCCGCUGGACAUGGAGACGGGCAUUGCCUUAGAGGUGCACAUCAAACGGCUGGAGUACUGUGACGAGGCGGUGAGGGACCCCAGCCAGACGGUGCCUGUAGACAUCCACCAGCCGCCUGCCUUCCUGCAAAAGAUCCUACAGCUUAGUGCGGUUCAACUUCUGUACGAAACCAUAGGGGGGUCCCAGGCUCCUUUAAGAGCGGACCUUCCCGGCUCGGCCUCAGCCAGUGAGGACGGUGAUGACGACGACAGCGAUGGUGGUGGUGGUGGUGAUGAUGAUGACCCUCCAACCCCCACCCCAACUCCACCAGCCACCCAGCGGCCCCUCCUCAUUGGCAGCUGCUCCGGCUUCAUGGAGACCACUGUCAAGAUCAAACAGAAUGACAUGCUGCCCGGACCCAAGUUGGAGCUGGAUGGGAAAGUUGGUUGCCUCCACUUGCUGCUGUCUCCAGAUCAGAUCACUCACCUGACAGACCUUCUAUCUGCUCUGUGUGUUGACACAGAGCCAGAGGCCAGUGGUGUGGGGGUACACAGCCGACCCCUGGACUCUGAUGACCUGCGUUUGAUAGAGGACGACCUGAGCAAACUGCUGAGCGCCAGCCCAGGGGAACUGGAGCAGGACUGUGACCCGGAGGACGACAUGGAUCCCUACUUCAGCGGCCUAGAGAACGGAGAGAUGUUUUUCUCCAUGGGUCCCGGUAUGUCCAGCAGUGUGACAUCGGCACGCUCCGGCAGCUCUCUCUCUGACAGCAUGGAGUCGUCGACCCACAGCCAGGCCAGCUAUGCCCAGGGCCUACCCCAGGGCCCCCGGCGUUACCCGGCCCCCGCAUCACUGUCCAGCCUGCCCCAAUGUAGCAGAGCACGAGGGCGAAGUAGGCAGCCGGAGCCCCUGAAGACAGAGGGGUUGCUCCGACUCUCGCUUGGCGGGCUUACCCUAACCCUACUAGAGGAGGACCCGGCCGCUGGGCCGGACGGAGAGUCCUCACUGGCAAAAGUGUCUCGGGUGUUCUUCCAGGAGCUGGCCUUCUUCAAAGACGGCAUGUUCAGCGAUCGAGACUUCCAUCACCUCCGAGACAGUUUUUCGAAAGCUUGCCCACACUCACACAUCCGGAUGACCGGGGCGGCGGUUCAGGUGGCGUGCGAGAUGAAGAGGGCAGGGCGCCAUGUCCGGGCCGUGACCUCGGACCUAUCCUUCAGCAGGCUGGAGCUGUUGGAGUGCCUCUGGGAGCCGAACCAACCCCAAUACACUGAGCUGCUGCGGUUCCAUCGUGCUGGUGUGUUCACGGUGGGGUCUACAGCCCGGCCCUGUGCCCAGAUCCUGUCCAGCCUGACCGAGAGACACCUGGGUAAAGGGAAGCAGCGCCUGGUGCGUAGAGACCGCGCGGUCCGGGUUGAGCUGGAGGAGCUGACUGCUGAGUUGGACCUGGAUGUAAUGACUCGGCUGGAGCCUCUGAUCAGAGCCUGCAGUCCCUCAAAGACCGGAGAACCCCCUAACCCACAGAGCCAGAGCAGUGAGCUGCGCUCUGCAUUCUCCGUCCUCUCGCCCCACGCCAUCCUCAAGCUCCGUUUCCCCAUCCCUGACCUCCGGCCGCCCCCCAUCCGCCGCCCGCCUUCCCAGAAGGCUGUGCGGCAGGAGACCCUGGUGCUGGAGCUGUGUGACCUGGACAUCCACUCCAAGGAGGGCCCUGACCUCCAGCCAGACCCCCCCGUUCCCCCCGCUGUCUCCCUCACACAGCUACUUGAGGCCAGCUUCAGUGACCUGCACGGAACCUAUGAGGGCUGGGAGGGGGGCUCCUUCCCCUGUAUCAGAGUCAAGAAGAGCCACGACUCCAUGGCCAAGGUGUCAGUGCGUGUGAGUGGUGGCGAGGGUUUGGGCUCAGCUCUAGGUGGUGUGGGGAUGGGUCUGAUGAGGGACCUGGGAGCCAUGUCGUUUGAGAACCCCUGUGAACUCAGAGAGAAGACCAGUUCGCCUUUCUCCUCGAACCGCACCAUGUUCGAGACUGAGGAGAUGGUGAUCCCAGCAGACCCAGAAGAGAUGCAACAGUUUCACUCUCAGUGUGUGUCUCAGUGUCAGUAUGUAGUGGAUGUCUCUCUGCCCCUGGCUUACAUCUUCCUACCCAGCAAACAGGCCUUCCAGAGCAUCUACAACAGGAUCAAUAAUGACCUGUUGAUGUGGGAGGCCCCUCCCCCCUCUGAUCAUAACAACGGCAAGAGCUCCCAAAACCAGCACCAAAACCAUGACAACUUCCAGCUCUGCAAGUCGGCCUUCAGACUGGACUCUGACUCUGAGGAGGAGGACACCCACUUCUACUCGGCCAGCGAAUCUGCACGUCGCCUGCAGUCGGAGCCCCGCCCUGACCACAACCUCAGCUUGCUUUCCCUGACCGUUCUUAUAGGCAGGGGCCGCCUCCAAGCCUUGACAGACAGCAAGGGAGAGACAGGAAGCCAGUUGGACCAGUGUCAUGGUGAACUGCUGUUGGACCUAGAGGGGGGGAAGAUGUUCACCGUUGCACAGCAUCAGAACAACCCCUGUCUCAGUUUCCUGUGCCUGGAGAGCAGGAGGGUGGAGCUCUACCACAAAGCUGUAAUCAAAGACUCCCCCAUUCCAGGACGGUUGGAAAUGCCCAGCUUCACUCCCCCAGGUCAUCUGGACCCUACCAUUUACCCAACAGAGGUGGGGGUGAGAAGUGUGAAUGACAGGGAAAUGGACGUCCAAAUGCUGUCCACGGCCAUUAAAAUCACCCUGGACCCUCAAAGGAACGUCAAGGAGUUCCUGGUUGCCCUUGGACUCCAGGGCGCUACCAUGCGACAUCACAUGGCACAGACCAAUCACAGCUGGCACGAACAGCUUGUUGAUUUUCUGGAUGUAAUCGAUGACCCCAUCCUGGGUUACACAUCUCCUGCAGUAAUCACCGUCCUACACACACACCUAGCCACCUGUGCUGUGGACUACAGGCCCCUCUAUCUUCCAUUGAGAGUGUUGUUCACAGCAGAAUCCUUCUCUCUGUCCAGUAACAUCAUUGUGGACACUGCUACAUUUCACCUCAGGUUUAUCCUGGAUGAUUCUGCCCUGUACCUUACUGAUAAAUGUGAGAGUGACAUAGUCGACCUAAAACGAGACUAUGUGUGUGUUCUGGACAUUGAUCUGCUGGAGCUGGCCAUCACCACUUGGAAAGGGAGCGAUACGGGGAAGCUGUCCCAGCCGCUGUUUGAGCUGCGUUGUUCCAACAACGUGGUCCACCUCCACACCUGCGCCGACUCCUGCGCCGCCCUGGUCAACAUGCUGCAGUACCUGGUCUCCCAGGGAGACCUGCACCCACCCCCCCGACACGUAUCACCCACUGAGAUUGCAGGACAGAAGCUUCCGUUGUCGGAAAGCCCUGCUUCCUUGCCACCGUGUCCUCCAGCUGAGACGGCUGAGAUCAACCAGUGUGAUCUCCUUGAUGCUUUGAUUGACACAGAGAGGAGCCAUCGAGAUGAGGAUGUGGAUUCAGGAUCUCCCACAGUUCCACGGGGCUCACCUGUCUCUGUGUAUCUGUUUCCUGGGGAGGCACCUAAGCCCCGCCCACAAGUCAUUGAGGAGGAGGAGUCUGCACUUGACGGGCAGGUGGCGACAGGCACUGAGGUGCAGGCAGACAUGAUGUCAGAGGAGGGCUCCGAGGCUUCAGAGGACAAUGAUGAUUUCUGUAUCCUAGAGGCUCCUGGGAUGGGUAUACCGCCCAGAGAUGGUGAGCCCCUGGUCAAAGUGCUAACAGAGGGGCCUAUCAGGAUGAGAGAGGGACACUUCUCCCGGCCCCGGGGCAGCUCGGACCUGUUGCGGGCCCCCAGCCGGUUCCCUGUGCCGCAGAGCAGGGUGGUGCUGAGAGAGGUGUCAGUCGUCUGGCAUCUGUAUGGGGGCCGAGACUUUGGGGGCAAAGCCUUGUCUUCACACACACAGCAUGGAAACCGGGGGCGCUCUGCCUCCUCAGGGACGCGUGGGUCUCCAUCUCGCUCUGCUGCUCCCUCCCGGCCUCAGAACUCGUGGCGCUGGGCUGGCGGGAGCGGCCGUCAACACACCUUGCUUAUGGAGAUUCAGCUCACCAAGGUGAGCUUCCAGCAUGAGUCGUACCCAGUUGUGGUGUCAGCGACCGGGCCAGGUCAGGAGAUGGAGGGACCUGGUGUUGGGGUGGGGGCAUUGGGAGAGCAACCUCUGUCUCGCCAGGUGUUUAUUGUUCAGGAGCUGGAGGUCCGCGAUCGCCUGGCCUCGUCCCAGCUCAACAAGUUCCUCUACCUGUACACCAGUGAGAGCAUGCCCCGCAGAGCGCACUCCAACAUGCUGACAGUGAAGGCCCUGCAGGUGUGUCCAGACUCUGGUCUGGGUGGUCCAGAGUGUUGUUUAAGAGUCAGCCUACUGCCCCUUCGGCUCAACAUCGACCAGGAUGCUCUGUUCUUCCUGAAGGACUUCUUCAGUAGUCUGGCUGCUGGAGUGAACCCCUACCUACCUGUAGACCCUGCAGCAGAGGUGAAGCCAGACCCGACCCAGAGACCUGCUGAGGAUCCGUCCGGUGGCCCAGAGGCCACUGCUGGUCUGGGUCCUGACCUCACCGCCUCCAUAGAAACCACCUAUAGUGAACAGAGCUCCUCGUCAGCUGGCUCCACCUCUUCCACUGAUCAGCCAAUCUACUUCCGGGAGUUCCGUUUCACCUCUGAAGUGCCCAUCUGGCUGGACUAUCAGGGCAAACAUGUUGUUAUUGAGCAGGGGACAUUUGCAGGGAUUCUGAUUGGCCUGGCCCAGCUUAACUGCUCUGAGUUGAAGCUUAAGAGACUCUGCUGCCGACAUGGACUUCUUGGCGUAGAUAAGGUGAUUCAGUAUGCUGUCACUGAGUGGCUGACAGACAUCAGGAAGAACCAGCUCCCGGGCAUUUUGGGAGGUGUGGGCCCCAUGCACUCUGUUGUUCAGCUCUUCCAUGGAGUCAGGGACUUGUUCUGGAUGCCCAUAGAGCAGUACAGGCGUGACGGACGCAUUAUCCGAGGUCUCCAGCGGGGGGCAGCAUCCUUCGGCACAUCCACUGCCUCUGCUGCGCUGGAGCUCAGCAACAGACUCGUGCAGGCAAUACAGGCCACAGCGGAGACGGUGUACGACAUCCUGUCCCCAACACCCCCCCUCAACCGCUACAUCACCGAAGGACGAGCGCCCUCCAACCGACCCCGCCACGUCCACCAGCCUGCUGACCUCAGAGAGGGCGUGGCUAAGGCCUAUGACACCGUCAGGGAGGGCGUGAUGGACACCGCCCAGACCCUGUGUGAUGUGGCAAGUCGCGGGCACGAGCAGAAGGGUCUGCCUGGUGCUGUGGGAGGUGUCCUGCGGCAGAUCCCGCCCACCGUGGUCCGUCCCCUAAUAGUGGCCUCCGAGGCAACGUCCAACCUCCUGGGGGGCAUGCGGAACCAGAUAAAGCCAGACGCACGGAAGGAGGACUUCUUAAAAUGGCGCUCUGAGGAAAGCCAAGAGUGAUAACUCUGGGGCUGGGAGUGCGGGCGGGCGGGAGGUCAAGCUAUGCGGGGGGGAAACUGCUAACAAAUGAAGGGAGUGAAUGGGAGGAUGUGUGAAAGAGUGGCUGAGUUUUAAUUCAUGCAAAAAACAAACGACUAACUACUGCAGAGGGAUUGACACCCAGUAUUUUAUGUGGCUCCAGAUGGAUUUGAUUUUAAAUUUUAUCCAGUCAAAUAGUGCUCAGGUCAGUCCUCCCUGUAGUAUGUACCCCAUGCAGAUACCCUCCACCCCAUGUUAGUAUCCAACAUAUCAUUGGCUUUCUGUUGACAUGACGUUUAGCUGUCAACCCUAAUGGAGGGCAGACCGGGCUCUACUAGUGGUUAGUCAGAUGGAUCAUUUUGAUGACUGGUUUUCUCAAUCCUCUGUUGAUCAUACUUUAUGGGCCGGUUUCCCAAACGCAGAUUGAGGCCUGGAUGCAAUCAAAAACCAUGUUAAAGGACUUGCGGUUUUUAAAGGCAAUGUUCUCUCAUUAGCCAGGAUCCCUUUCAUUCUAGGCUUGAUUGGAAGAUUGCCUUUAAAUGCGACAUUGGUUAUAACCCACUAACACAUUGAUUCCAAGCCUAAGCCUACUGCUGGACUGACAGGCAAUGUCAGAGCCUUUUCAGUCCUGAUAUGCAAUUGAGCAUGCACACACAGUAGGCUUUUUCUGAGUUUAGGGAAUCGGUCUGUUAAAUCUAAAUGCACAACAACUAGAUAGUUACAUCGUUUAUCCUGUAUGCCUAAGAGAGAUGGCUGGUGGAGGCUGCAGAGAUUCAGUUCAUAUAAUGUAGUGGCCUUUGCUGAGAUCCUUGUUAAGGAUCCUCAAAAUGAAACUCUGUGAUGGUCCAUUCUGGUUUGCACACCCCCACACCGCAGUGUUUUGUUUCUGUUGUGCCAUAAGCUUUUUCAAUGUUGGGGCUCCUUGGCCCUGGACGAUCACUCUGGCUCUGAAACAAUGUGUGUAGUUGUAUCGCCUUCCUGAAACCUCUACUCUCUACGCCUAUAUGGUCAUUGUAACCAGCGGACACAAUGAUCUGAGAUUAGAUGUACUGGCUAACUAAAUAUAUUCAUGGGAGAAUGUCUGAUGAACUGAAAAUAAAUGGUUGCUUUCCUUUU